GGGGCGCCGCUGGGCGGGCCGAGCGCCGGGGGCGCCGGGCGGGAGGGCCGGGCUGCGGAGAGGCCGUGCCCGCAGAGGGUGGGCCGUGCCCGCGCAGGCGGCCCGGCGAAGUGCCGGUGCCCGGACGGCCGGGUGGGUGCCGUGCCGAGCUCGCCCCUGAGCUGGUCACACACUGGUGCUCCGGUCAUUAACCUCGGGCAUGUGUUUGUGGAAAACCUAGGUUUCCAAAAUGAACAAAGAUGCGCAAAUGAGAGCAACCAUUAACCAAAAGCUAAUAGAAACAGGAGAGCGGGAACGCCUUAAAGAGUUGCUGAGAGCCAAAUUAAUUGAAUGUGGCUGGAAGGACCAGUUGAAGGCACAUUGCAAAGAUGUCAUUAAAGAAAAAGGAUUAGAGCAUGUUACUGUUGAUGAUUUGGUGGCAGAAAUCACUCCCAAAGGCAGAGCUUUGGUACCAGACAGUGUAAAGAAGGAGCUCUUGCAAAGAAUAAGAACCUUCCUUGCUCAGCAUGCCAGUCUUUAACUUUGACAUUCAUCUGGGAUACAGUUUCUGUAUUACAUCAGUCAUGUCAGGAUUGGAAUGCAGUUUACAUACUUCAUAAGGAUGAAAAAUCAUUAAUUUUUCUCUGCACUGCAUCGAUUUCUUAAAGUUGGUGUUAUUUUAAUAAAAAAUUUUGUGGA